CAUCCGCUUUCUUUUCUAUUUCUAGUCCCUUUCCUCUCCUCGUUUCCCUUCUUUUUCUUAUCUCUUCCCCAGGACGCCACUCUUGGUCCUGCAUGAUAUUCUCUUCCUCUCUAUCCUCCCCCUGUCCCCCAUCACAUCCCACCGACUCUAGCCGAGGCCAUGUCGAACCGUGAGGACCCACUUGCCUAUGGCAAAUACUACGGCCAGGAGUCCAGUCGCGGCGGAGCAGGCGAGAGCGCCAGAGGCUUUGUCGGCGACACCUUCAAAAUGCUGAAGGAAACAUACAAGAGCCACCACUCUCGUCCGCAGGGAGAAAACCCGCCGCCCGGCCAGGGUGCCAACCAGCCAUCUUACGGUUCUCAGGGAUAUCAGCACCAACCGCAGUCGCAGUCGCCGUCGCAGCCCCAGUCGCAGAGCUACCAGCCCCAGAGCUACAACCCGUCGCAGAGCUACUCGCCUCAGCAGGGCUCCUCGCAGAACUUUGCGCAGUCCGGUGGAAACCCGAACUACUACGACCAGGGCCCGCAGAAUCAGCAGAAUCAGGGAAAGCCCGGAAAGCAGAACAAACAGGAUAAGGUUCAUGGGUUGCUGGGUAAACUCCAGGGAACCGUGGCGGGGCUCGGCAACGACGUGGCUCAGCGUCUGGGAAAUGCUCUAGACCCGCAGGCGUAUGCGGAAUACGGACAUGGACAGCCACAGGCUCAGCACAGAUUUGGCAGCUUUGCGCCGGAUCGACAGGGAAAUGAUGUGAAGUGGUACGUCGACGGAUGCUCGUAUUUCUGGGCCGUUUCCAAAGCACUCGAGAGCGCUCGAGAGUCGAUUUGGAUUUUGGAUUGGUGGUUGUCGCCGGAGCUGUAUCUCAGACGUCCGCCGGCCAAGAAUGAGCAGUACCGACUGGAUCGUAUGCUGCAGGCUGCUGCGCAGCGUGGCGUGCGGGUGAACAUUAUUGUCUACAAGGAGGUCACUCAGGCAUUGACUCUCUCCUCUGCCCACACGAAGCAUCAUCUUCAAGAUCUUCACCCGAAUAUCGCUGUCUUCCGUCAUCCUGAUCACCUGCCUGACAAGCAGGAAGUUACUGCCUCGAUCACGGAGUCGCUUGAAAACUUCUCCUUGGAUGCGAAGAAUCUCGUCAAGAUGUCCGGCGAUGCUCUCAAGGGUAUCUACGGCAUGAACGAGGAUGUCAUCCUCUACUGGGCCCACCACGAGAAGCUCUGCCUGGUUGACGGCCGGACUGCAUUCAUGGGUGGCCUCGACAUGUGUUUCGGACGAUGGGAUACCAAUCAGCAUGCGCUUACCGACGUGCACCCCGAGAACCUGAAUGAAAUUGUAUUCCCCGGUCAGGACUACAAUAACGCUCGAGUCCUGGAUUUCCAGGACGUUCCUAACUGGGAGAAGAACCAGCUCGAUCGGAAGGACUCUUCUCGCAUGGGCUGGUCCGAUGUAUCUGUCAGCUUGCACGGCCACGUCGUUGAGGACCUGCGGCGCCACUUCGUGGAGCGCUGGAACUUUAUCUACGAUUCUAAGUAUGAGAUCCGCAAGGACUCCAGAUACUCUCGGCUGGCACUCUAUGGUCGGCCCAGCUCAUCGACUGCUCAGCGCCCCCACGCUCCUCAGCAACCGGGACACCAGCAGCAGCAGGGGCACCAACAACAACAGCAACAGCAACAGCAGCAGUACCAGCAACAACAGCCAGUUCAACAGCCAAAGCCGGCCGAGCAGCAGUCUGCCCAGCAGCCCGGUGCCCAGCAGACGGGAAUUCAACAGUCCAUCUCCCCCCAACCUGGUGGAGGACUUUCCAUGGUCCCCCCGGCUCCCCCGAUGUCGAGCAAACCAGGUGCAACAUCCAGCUACCAGCCCUCUGCCGCACAAUCUUCCUCCCCGGGAGCUCCUCCCCCUUACACUUAUACUGGUGACUCGUUCCCGCCGCCGCCUCCGGGACCACCACCUAGCCAGGGUCAAUCGCAGACGCAAACCCCGACUCACGGUCAAUCCCAGGCACCUUAUUUCCCGCCUCCUCCUACACAGGCCGGGCAAUCGCAGAGCCAGACUCAGGCUCAGUCGCCAAACCAAAGCCAGUCCUCUUAUUACGCACCUCCCCCGGCUCACGGAGCCCAGGAACUACCCACCCAAACCCGGGGUGUGCAUGAUUACUACGAAGGCACUCGGGGUCACGGAGACCAAGAACGGGGUUUUGCCCCUCAGCGCUUCCGUCAGGAACUGACUCAAUACGGAAACGUGCUACGUGGACAGCUUGCCGGUCAGAUCCAUCAAUAUCAGGAUCGCUUCGGUUCCUACGGCGGACCGAACAACCAGCCUAGAGGAAACAUGUGCUGCCAGAUUGUGCGCAGCUGCUCGAAAUGGAGCAACGGCACUCCUACGGAGCACUCCAUUGCUGAUGCCUACGCUGCCAUUAUCCGCAACAGUGAGCACUUUGUCUACAUCGAGAAUCAAUUCUUCAUCACUGCCACGGGUGACUCCCAGAAGCCCGUCCAGAACAAGAUCGGCGCUGCCAUCGUGGAGCGAAUUUUGCGUGCCGCUAAAUCUGGCCAGAAGUACAAGGUGAUCGUUGUCAUCCCGUCUGUGCCCUGCUUCGCCGGUGACCUGGCCGAUGACUCUACCCUGGGAACCAGAGCCAUUAUGGAGUUCCAGUACAACUCGAUCAACCGUGGAGGAAACAGCAUCAUGGAACUCAUUGCCAAGGAGGGCCACAACCCUAUGGACUACAUCCGGUUCUAUAACCUGCGCAACUAUGACCGCAUCAACCUCAGCGGGCCGUUGGCCCAGGCCGAGCAGCGCAGUGGCGUCAACUACGAGGACGCUCGCAAGCAGCAUGACGUGAACGCCGUUGGCCAGGGCGGUUACGGACCCGGAGCUCCUCGGGCUGCAUUUGACACGACCGCCCCCUUCCAGCAAUACCAGCAGGCUGCUCGCGAAGUUGGCGGUGCUAAGUCCGGCUCCGAUCGGUGGAAUAGUGUUAGCGAGUGCUAUAUGCUCCAUGGACCUGACAUCCGCAAUGUGCCGUGGGACGGCCCGGCCGAGGCUGAGAUCGACGCUUUUGUGACCGAAGAACUCUAUGUUCACACUAAGGUGAUGGUCGCCGACGACCGUGUGGCAGUCUGCGGAUCGGCCAACUUGAACGACCGAUCUCAGCUGGGAGACCAUGACUCCGAGAUCGCCAUCAUUGUUGAGGAUUAUACCCCGGUGCAGUCUACCAUGAACGGCAAGCCAUUCACCGCGAGUCGCUUUGCGAGCUCGCUGCGCCGACAGCUCUUCCGCAAGCAUCUGGGUCUCCUUCCCCCACAGGACUACCAGAAACCCGACGCCAAUUUCGAGCCGGUCGGUGUCCCCAACGAGUUUGACUUUGAGGCCUCGGAGAGCCAGCUGGUGGCCGACCCUCUGGCGGACACGCUCCAGAGCCUCUGGAACACGCGGGCGCGGACCAACACCGAGGCCUUCCGCAAGGUGUUCCACUCUGUGCCCGACGACACCGUUCGUGACUGGGCGACGUACAAGGAGUUCUAUGGAUACUACUUCCAUAACGCGGACAAGCAGGCGUACGGCGAAGAGAAGGACUCUCCUCCCUCUCGAUACCGGUAUGGCCAUGUCGUGCGCGACGACUUCCCGGCCGGUCCUGAGGGUGUGAAGCAGGUGAAGGAGCUGCUCAGCCAGGUCAAGGGUACAUUGGUGGAGAUGCCGCUGAUGUUCCUGUGCGAGGAGGAUGUUGCGAAGGAGGGAUUGACGCUUAACGACUUGACGGAGCCCAUCUACACUUGAUCUUUCUUUGAGUGAUUUAGCAUUUUAUAGCUAGCUUUGGAAUAGUCUGAUACUUCGAAUGGACAUCUUGAUGCUUUGCACCGGACUGGACUAGGGCGAGGCCUGACAUGUGACCUGAGGGCUGCUAAGUCUGGCGUGGCGGUUGAUAUUGUUCUCUCUGACAAUCAACCCCCUUCGUCUCCUCCAUAUUCUCCGCAUUUUCCACGGCUUCGAUCUUU